GUGGAGGAGGAAUGGAGAGAGAGAGGCGAUCCUGCUGCGUCUGUCAGGGAGGUUAGACCGGCUUAGAUCAGAUCUGAGUCCUCUGCUCUGAGCUCUCAGAUAUUUGAUUCACUAUUGAAGACUGUCCCAGGACCAGGAGGAGGAGGAGGCUGCCUGCGCUGCUCUGCGGGGGAUGUGAGCACACAAUGGGAGCAGGACGCGGCGGAGGAGGAACGUUGGCCCCUGAUGGAGGCUCAGAGAGACCAGGACCAGGAGCUGUCAGAGAAACGCUCUUUCUGCCCAGACUGUGAGGAGGUUUCGCUCCGGGGCUCGCCUCAAACGGGGAGCUGCUGUGAACCCGGGCAGAGGAGGGCAGGAGCCGCCUGCUCGCUGCACUGAGAGCCGGUUGGAAUCCUCCGGGAUGAAGGUGGAAUGUACUUCCUGCUGUUUGCACAUCUGGAUGAAGGAGAGCUUUUGAGGAGUUUGGAGCUGAAGUCCUGUUUUUAGAUGAAUCUGAGAAAAACUACGACCCCGUUUUAGGAUUUCUGUGGAGUGUAAGGUUGCCCUGACACUGACGGAGCGUUCUUUCUGGGAUGUACCUUCUGGACAGCAGCGUCUCUGACAGGAUGGAGCGGGGGACGCCUCAGAGGAAGACGGUCUACAGGAUCUCCCUCACGCUGGUGAAGAGGGAGAGUUUGGACAAAGACGACGGAGGCCUGGGCCCCCGGCGGGCUGAGAACCCCAAGCUGAGCGCCUUCAGGAAGGAGGGCUCAGUGGAGGUACAGCACGGCGGUCUGGAGCAGCUGAAGGAGGUGGAGGACGAGGCGGAGGAGUUCUCCUCUCACGGCCUCAUGAGGAACUUCAGGACCUUCAGCACGGGACAGCUGGAGCUGGGACGCCUCAAACUGUGCAGGAAGCAAAAAGCAAGCAGCCCUGUCGCGGAGAAAACACCGGCUCAGAGUCCAGGAGAGCGCCUAGAGGACUUGGUCAUGGCGGUGCAGAACGGCGGCUUGGAGAAGAAGAAGAAACUGCUGAAGGCCAAGAGUGUGGAGGAGAGGAGCAGUGAGCCUCCUCUGAACGGAGACGCCAAAAUGUCUCACUCUAAAAGUAACGGGAAAGCGUCCAAAGCGACCUCCCCGGAGACGCCGCCACUGAAGCGGCCCCCUGGGCUGCUGCGCCGUAGCUUCAGCUUCAGACACUGGAGCGGCGGCGAGCUGCUGCGCCUGAGAGCACUCUCCAAAGACAAACACCACAACAGCUCCGGCUGCAUCGGACAGGACGACGGCGCCAAGAAGGACGCCGAGGCUCCCGCCGACCCCCCAGCCUCCCGCCUCGCCGACCCCACCCGGGUGAAGAGCAGGACCCUGGAGGUGGGCGCUGUCCUCAAUAAGACCGACUCCAUGUCGGAGCUGAGCCGCUGGGAGAGGGCGCGAGGGAGCAAAAACCGGACCCUGGACAACAGCGACCUCCUGAGGCUGGCGGCCGAGAAGGACGCAGCGGGAGGGGGCUUCCUGCUGAGGGGAGGGGGCGGGCGCUCCAGCGAUAGGCGUCUGGUUCGGUUCUUUAGCGGGAUCUUCUCCAGGAGGGACGGGGGGUCCACUUCAAGUCCGGUGGGGAGUCCGAGCACGGAGCGGUCACUGAGACGCAGCAGGAGGGCGAUGCUGUCUCAGUCCAGCACCGAGAGCAUGAACGGAGGGAGCGCGGAAGAUGCGUUUGUGAACAGUCAGGAGUGGACGCUGAGUCGGACCGUACCCGAGCUGAAAGUGGGCAUUGUGGGUAAUCUUGCCAGUGGUAAGUCGGCGUUGGUGCACAGAUAUCUGACAGGAACCUACGUCCAGGAGGAGUCGCCAGAAGCUGACGUGGAUGCAGGCGGCCGUUUUAAGAAGGAGAUCGUGGUCGACGGUCAGAGUCACCUGCUGCUCAUCAGGGAUGAAGGGGGCCCCCCGGAGGCUCAGUUUGCGCUCUGGGUGGACGCCGUCAUCUUCGUCUUCAGUCUGGAGGACGAGAUCAGCUUCCAGACCGUCUAUCACUACUUCAGCCGCCUCGCCAACUUCAGGAACACGGCCGACCUGCCGCUGGUGCUCGUCGGCACGCAAGACGCCAUCAGCUCUGCAAACCCUCGAGUGAUCGACGACAGCCGGGCCAGAAAACUCUCCAACGACCUCAAACGCUGCACCUACUAUGAAACCUGCGCCACCUACGGCCUCAACGUGGAGCGGGUCUUCCAGGACGUCGCUCAGAAGAUUGUGGCGACCAGGAAGAAGCAGCAGCUUUCCAUCGGGCCAUGCAAGUCGCUCCCCAACUCACCGAGUCACUCGUCUGUGUGCGCCACACAGGUGUCCGCCGUCCACAUCAGCCAGACAAGUAACGGCGGCGGGAGUCUGAGCGACUACUCGUCAUCGGUUCCGUCCACGCCAAGCACGAGCCAGAAGGAGCUCCGCAUCGACGUCCCACAGACGACCAACACACCCACGCCUGUCAGGAAGCAGUCCAAACGCCGCUCCAACCUCUUCACCUCGAGGAAGGCCAACGAGACGGACAAGGACAAGAAGGGCCUGGAGGCUCGAGCCGACAGCAUCGGCAGCGGGCGAGCCAUCCCCAUCAAACAGGGCAUGCUGCUGAAGAGGAGUGGAAAAUCCCUCAACAAGGAGUGGAAGAAGAAGUACGUGACGCUGUGUGACAACGGACUGCUCACCUACCACCCCAGCCUGCAUGACUACAUGCAGAACGUCCAUGGGAAGGAGAUCGACCUGCUGAGGACGACGGUGAAGGUACCUGGGAAGAGGCCGCCUCGCGCCGUGUCCACCUGUGCUGCCGUGCCGAGUCCCAAAACCAACGGGCUGACCAAGGACAUGAGCAACCUGCAGCUAGGACAGAAUCAAGGCUCAGUGUCCAGCAGCUCGUCGGUAUCUCAGAUGGCGAGCGGCGUCAGCUUGGUGUCCUUUAACAGCCGCGGUCUGGAGGGGAUGCACCAGCGCUCUUACUCCGUCUCCAGCGCCGACCAGUGGACCGACGCCACCGUCAUUGCCAACUCAGGAGUCAGCACGGAUACUGGUCUAGGAGACUCUGUGUGUUCCAGUCCCAGUAUUUCCAGCACCACCAGUCCAAAGAUGGAGCCUCCGCCGUCGCCGCACGCCAACCGAAAGAAGCACCGCAGGAAGAAGAGCACGAGCAACUUCAAAGCCGACGGCCUCUCUGGUACUGCGGAAGAACAAGAGGAGAACUUUGAGUUCACCAUCGUGUCUCUGACGGGGCAGACGUGGCACUUCGAGGCCACGUCGUACGAAGAGCGAGACGCCUGGGUGCAGGUCAUCGAGAGCCAGAUCCUCGCCAGCCUGCAGUCCUGUGAGAGCAGCAAGAACAAGUCUCGUCUGACGAGUCAAACGGAGGCCAUGGCGCUGCAGUCCAUCAGGAGUAUCAGAGGAAACGGUCGCUGUGCCGACUGUGAGGCUCAGAACCCGGACUGGGCGAGUCUGAACCUGGGGGCUCUGAUCUGCAUCGAGUGUUCGGGGAUCCACAGGAACCUGGGGACUCACCUGUCCCGCGUCCGCUCCCUGGACCUGGACGAGUGGCCGCUGGAGCUCAUCAGGGUCAUGUCGGCCAUCGGCAACGAGCUCGCCAACAGCGUGUGGGAGGUCAACGCUCAGGGACGCCUCAAACCGGGACCGGACGCCAGCAGGGAGGAGCGUGAGCGUUGGAUCCGGGCGAAGUACGAGCAGCGUCUGUUCCUGGCGUCUCUCCCGGGCACUGAUCUGUCUCUGGGUCAGCAGCUGCUGAGGGCCACAGCCGAGGAGGACCUGCGCUCCGUCGUCCUGCUGCUCGCUCACGGAUCCAGGCAGCAGGUCAACGAGACGUGUGGCGAGGGAGACGGACGCAACGCCCUGCACCUCGCCAGCCGCAAGGGCAACGUGGUGAUCACGCAGCUACUUAUCUGGUACGGCGUGGACCUGAUGGCGAGGGACGCCCACGGUAAUAGUGCAAUGGCGUACGCUCGCCAGGCCAACAGUCAGGAGUGCGUGGAUGUGCUGGCUCAGUACGGCUGCCCCGACGAGCGCUACCCCCUCAUGGCCACGCCCAACCUGUCACGCCGCAACACUAACCGCAACAACAGCUGCAGCAGCGCCGGGAGCGCCGCUCUCAUAUGACCGCCAUUUUGAUCAUGUGACUCUUUAGGAAAAACAUGGGAGAAUCCUGAACGCUCAUUUAGGGAACCACUUCCUGUUCUGACUCUUAACCCCACUCACCUCACCUGAAAGACUGGUCACAGGUCAAUGGGGAGAAAGAGACGAAGGCAUGAUGGGAGACGUGGUCCACAAUCAACAGAAGUGCAUCCUGGGAAAUAAUCACAUGACUGAUGCCGGCCAAUAACGGCCGGACUGCAGCUCUUUGGACGCCAUACCUCAUCACAUGACUUUAGUAGAACACUACGAGACCAUUUCCUGUUCACGCCAUCGAGUCAGAAACACGCCGCUGACUCGAGCGGCAUCAUCACCCUACAGCCAAUCAGCAUCCUCCAAACAUAUCACAGCCUUUCUGAAAACGAAGAGACAAAAAUAUCACGCCCCACAGCUUCAGUGUUUCACCUCCUCUCACCUUUUAUUUUGAAAAUCUCUCCUGCCUUCACACGUUUUCUUUUUAAUAUGAAAAUUUGGAUGUAAAACUUUAAAUAUCAGAUGAGUUGUUAGCGGUAAACAGAAGUGUGAUAGAUCGCAUGUCCUAGACACCUUUUUAUCUUUAAUUUAAGGCAUCAUGUUCUGGAUCGUGUGUAUUAUAUCUCGAUGUGCAUUGCUGGACCAAUCAUGAGUGUCGACACAGGGAGGGGGAGGGGCUUUUGUUAAUAUUCAGGUGUAAAAAGUCAAAGCGUGUACAGAAGCUCUUAACAGGCUCAGGGACUGGAGACUGUCCAUCACAAACCCUGUCGUCUUUUCCUGAAAUCCUUAAAGCAGGUCGAUGGGUUUAAGAUGUUUCUGCUGCGGUUGGCUCAGGAGUUAACUGUACGUAGAGGGAGAUAAGGCUGGCUACAUGUCAGAUGAUUUUCAGCACGAUUGUUGGCCUGAUUUACCUCCCUACAGUCAGGGGACCAUGGCCUCUCUCAGUCGAUUAUUUCUCUAAAUUAUCGUUGACUGGUCGGUGUUAAUCUGAUCAUUUUUCUGCUCCUGAUUGACUUAAACAUGCUAGAUAUUUACAAUUCCAGAUCGGCCUUCGACUGAAUUCCUGCAAAAGCCAGUGAAACAAAACGUGAAAUUCUCAAACCAGGCUGGAGGGUUUAUGCUUUUUAUAAGACGGUUGAUUCAAGGGUUAAACAUGUUAAGAGGAAGGUAAGGCUGGCCACACAUGAGAUGAUUUUAAGCCCUAUUUUGGGCCGAUUUGCCUCUUAGUGAUCAGGAAAUCAUCGCUUGAUUCAAGCCUUGUCAAAGCUAUUAAUUUGUCUGAAUUAUCCUCAAGUUUGAUGUCAAUAUGAUUAUUUUUCUGCUUAAGAUCAGCUCAGUCAUGUUCGAUAUUUCAAAUUCCAGAUCGGGCCGCCUCUGACUGAACACCCGAGACAAAACAGAAUGGGAAGUGUCCUGGUCUGAGUAUUUUAAAGCCAAUGGAUUUUUUAUUUGAAAUAGGAAAUCCACAAUCCAGAUUCAAGCUGUUUCCCGAGAAAAAGGGGAAAACAAAACAUGUUUUAGAAAAAAAUCUUUCAGGCAGUUUUUAACAAAUUGGGAAUGAAAAACUUUUCUUUUUUUUUUUUUUUUCAGGAAUAAAUGAAAAAACGUACAUGUUGUUCAUCAAAGACUGGAACACUGAUGAUGUAGUAUUCUUUUAUCUAUAUAGAUACCUCAUGCAGGUGUUGUCAAAAAAGAAUGUUACAUCACCAGUGUUCUGUUUUUUGAUCUUCUUUUUCUCAAACGUUUAAAAAAAACAAAAAAACAUUUAUUCUGGAAAACAAAAAAAAUAGAAACAUAAACGGUUGGGUUUUUUUUUUUGUUGUUGUUGUUUUGUUUCUGUUUCUGUGAGCGUCCUGAACUUUGCUAAGGUCAGAGGUUAUUAUAGUUUACUAAAACUAACUGGAUAACUAAACCUAAAAUUCAAAAAUCAUUUUAGUUAACUGAAACAAAAAAUAAGCUUAACCAAAAAAACGAAAACUAACUUAAACUGUAUAGUGCACUUACAAAACUAACUUAAAUAAAACAAAAAUGGAGACAAAAUAUUCUUAGUGUUAGUCUUUGACACAGCCAGACUGACUGCCACUGAAACAGAAGUCUGGGGAGAGUAAAAUGGCCUGAUAUGAUUGGUUAAGACUUCACAAAGUGGUAGUUUUAUGUCUGGAGUUGUAUUCAAACAUAAUCAUUAAAUAAAUAAAAUGAUGA